AUGGGUCUCGAAUUCGACCCCGACCUCGUCCCUCGCGUCAAGCUUGGGCUGCACUGUGCCCAGAUUCUCCUGGGUCUCGUCGGAUGGUGUAUGAGCAUUGCCGUCUUCACAGGAAAAGAUGCCAAAGUUGUCGGCAACAAUGGAUGGGCAUUUGGAGUGUUCCUCCUCUCCAUCCCCGCCUGGGUCUAUCUCAUCAUGACGCCGCGAUUUGCACGCACUCGCAAGUUUGCCGAGCCUCACGCCAUGCUGGGUGUCGACGUUGCCUUUACCAUCAUUUGGCUGUCGGCGUUUGCAGCCCAAGCAGCGUACAACUCGUCGGGGCUCUGCGGCCAAGCGUGCGGCGUCAGCAAGGGAGUUGUGGCUCUAGGCGUCUUUGUCUGCCUCCUGUUUGGUGCCACCACCUUCAUCAGCGCCUACACCCUGACGUACUGGAGAUUCCACGGUAGCCUCCCGGGCUACGACAAUCGCAAGCUCCGUGGGGGUGAUAACAACAUUGAUCCCGACAAGGCUGCCUUCUCCAUGGCGCCUCACGACGAGGAAGCGUAUGAGCGAGUCAACGCGGACGACCACGAGAACAAUGCGUUCUCGGAGCCAAGACCAUAUGGCAACGCUAACCCCUACAGCCACGAUGACGAUGAUCCUGAUCGAUAUGGUGCUCUCCCUCCCCGCAGAAACGACCUGUUCAACCAAGACACCGAGUACAGCUCUGGCGGUGCAGGGCUGUCCACUACAGACCACACCUACGGCGGCUCACAGGUGAGCUACAACGACGAGCCGGCCAAGUUUCCCGCCGGCAACUAUGACCGCGUGGAUCGAUAA